AUGGCUAGUAAUCGCAUGCGCCGUGUGGCCAAAGAACUGGCCGACAUUGUUAAAGACAAGAGUUCUCAAAUCCAGGUUGAGCCGAUUGGCGAUCAUGAGGAUAUCACGCGUCUCCGUGGUUCUUUCCCAGGGCCGCCCGACACGCCGUAUCAAGGCGGCACCUAUAGUGUCGACAUUAAAAUCCCCACCGAUUACCCUUUCCGUCCUCCGCUUAUGAAGUUUGAAACCAAAGUGUGGCAUCCAAACAUCAGCAGCCAAACAGGUGCAAUCUGUCUUGAUACUCUUGGGACUGCUUGGUCGCCCGUUUUGACGGUCAAAUCGUCAUUGCUUUCAUUGCAAUCACUGCUCAGUACUCCGGAGCCGAAAGACCCCCAGGAUGCGGAAGUUGCCACAAUGAUGCUACAGGCUCCUCAAGAAUUUGAGCGUGUUGCACGGCAAUGGGCUGUGACGUAUGCUGGUGCGCCUUCCACUGGCACCGGUUCAGGAAAUACCGGCGGGGCAAACAAUGCUCAGUUAUCAGCUCCCAAAGACGAUAUUGCUCGAUACGGUGGAUACAACAGGGACCUGGUUUCCCGUUUCACCGACAUGGGUUUUGAUCUGGAACAAGUGGUGUCUGCUUUGCGCUUUGUCGGUAUCAACACCAAUGGAGGCCAACCCCGGGAACUGGAGGAUGCUCAAUUGGGAGAUAUCACUGCUCGUCUGCUGGGCGACUAA